UGAACGAGCACCUCCGGUAGCUUCUUCUUUUGUUCUGAUACAGAAUGUUAUGCACCACUCGAGUCAAUGGUAAAGAUCUUACUAUCAAGGGGCGAGAGUUGAAUCCAGAAGAUGAUGAUGUAGAGGUAGAUAUCAACUUUUUUGAGCAAUCAUAUAGCCCAGCGGGAUUAACGGGAUUUACAAUAUGGGAGGCAUCCUGGGUGAUGGUCCGCAACGUCCUACAAGAUCGCCUCAAAGACAAACUUCAGGGCGCGCGAGUCGUCGAACUGGGGGCGGGUACUGCCUUCAGUUCGCUGGUAGCGUCAGCUUUAGGCGCCAACGUACUUGUAACAGACUUAGAAGCAGUUGUGAUGGGAUCGAUAUUGCCUAACAUAAUAUACAACGAGAAUGAAAACAGUACAACUGAUAUAAACACGCCUACGUCAAGUAGUGCCUGGCAAGGAUCUAGACGAGUCGGAGAAGGCUCUGUAUCUGCCAUGUCAUUGGAUUGGAUGACUGAUGUGGCCUUGCAAGUUAUCGAUAAUGAUCCACGAGAUGCCGAUCUAAUUCUGGCUGCAGACACUGUAUGGCUUUGCGAGUUGAUAGAGCCGUUCGUUACAACCUGUGUGACUCUAAUGAAGGGUCCCAAGAAUCCGCCACUAUACAUGACUUUCCGUGAUAGGUCAACAGACAAGUCUACUGUAUUCGCUGGCUCAGAUGAGCUAUUCGAGUGCUUCAGGAGAAACAACUGCGAGGUCAACGUUCUCGACAAAAUCGAUCCAGAGGAUAAGAGGAAAGGAGGGUUGGUGACUCUAUGUUUAAUAAAGUUAGCUAGUUCUUGAGAGGCAAAAAAGGUUCUAAGAUAUCAAUGCUUCCCAUUACCUCCUACACCCCGGAGGAUACCAUUCAGCAGCCUGGAUGCUACGGUGUACUCAAAUUGGAUCUUCCUCGGUAGUUGCACAUGAAGAGGUUACCAUUUAGUUAAGGAGCGCGCACAUAUUGAGAAACAAUCCUCUGUGGGCGCCAACCGGGCUAAUUCGCUUCGAUUUCGAAGCGAGGUUCUUGGAAAUGAGAGGCUAAUUUGCAGGCGCCGAGAUCAGCCUGUUAAUGGUCAUUUGACACGUAUACAGUGUCUUUGCAAAUACUCUGUCAUUGAGAGUCCUUCCAAUGAAAGCAGAAGGUAAAUCUGCACCAUCUGUCCAGUUGUAUCAGCGAACAAUUUACUACUCGAGAUUUACAGUCCCUAAGUCCCUGACUGCAGAGCACUAGUCAUAUCGCUCCUUGGUGAUGGCACUAUCAAAAGCACUGUGAAUAGCAAGAGUCGUCGUCGUCGGAGCAGCCGAGUCAACAUGUUCAGCUAAAAUUGACGCUGCACGAUCCACGGCCAUAUGCGGGUUUCCACUGGCCGCUCAUACAGUUUUUCUCUCUCUUGGCGUUGGACUGGUAUUAUGCCGGGGAAAAGAGUUGAUUCGCUCCAAUAUUCAAAACCAAACAAGCCUAGUCUUGCAUAUUGUACAAGGGCUACUGACGGUUGUAUAUUGGAUAACUGUAGCGAGUUUGGGUUCUGCUGUGCUUACAAUAAAAAGAUUGUCUUGCUGUGUAGCAAUAGAUGUAGUUCCAACUACUCGUAACCGUUCUGACGAAUAGGGUUCAUACGUAUUUGUUUUGAC